AUGAAGUUCAACAACGCCGUGAACAUCGCAACUGUUGCUUGCCUUAGUGUUUCUCCCACCCUCGCCCUCGUGACGUCUUGCUUCGAUGCCGUCGACUCUAUUAGCAAAAUCCCCGGUCACUUCAUCCAAAAUGUUCAACUGAACGCCUGCCCAGCCGGCUGCUCACCAAACAUCGACCAGUGGAACAGCGAUGUGAAGGAAGAAAUUCUCAACGAAUUGAUGGAGGAUGGUAUCGGCUACACUGGAAUCAACGAUGAGGCAGCACAGAAAGCAUUUGUCAAAGCUAUUGAUGACCUAUACACCACCGUCGUGUCCAAGUGCCAGAAAGAAUCCGAUGGUCUGAACCUUUGUGAUGAUGAAGACAAGGUACAACCUUUCUUGGACUGCGUUAACAGCAACGCAAGAACUGCCGUUCUCAAAGGGGUGCCCGGAUUGCUUCCCUACAUUACGAAUGACAGGUGCCAGAAAGUGGACGAAUACCUGAACAGCGAUCAGUUGUGGAAGGAUGACUUCCCGGAACACUUCAAGUCAUAUGUCGACAAAUGCCAUGACAUUUGA